CCUGUGACAUCAAGAUCAGGAACAAGACCAAACCCCCGAAAGUUACCCGUCAUCUCCCUUAUCACCACGUCCUCAACACCACCACCUCAACACCACUUCUCAACACCACUUUUCAACACCAGAGAGAGAAAUGGCAGCUCGCAACGUCCUCCUCCUGUCUAAUUCGACCGUCCAUGGCAGCGGGUAUUUGGAGUGGGCGUCAACCUACAUUAAGGAAUUUCUGAAGAGUAAGGGUGUGACCAAGGUGCUGUUCGUCCCUUUUGCCCUGAGAGACAUGGACGCCUAUGCUGACAAGGCGGCCAAGAGAUUUACUUCAUGGGGGUAUGAGUGUGACAGCCUCCACCGGGCGGCCGACCCCAUAGCCGCCGUGGGAGCCGCCGAGGCCAUUUUUGUGGGUGGCGGCAACACCUUCCAACUAUUGGCGGCCCUUUAUGAACACAACCUUAUUGAGCCUAUCAGGGAGAAGGUGUUGAAGGAGGGCGCCCCGUACAUAGGAAGCAGCGCGGGCAGCAAUGUCGCCACCACCACCAUCAACACCACCAAUGACAUGCCCAUCGUCUUCCCGCCCUCCUUCUCGGCCCUGGCACUGGUCCCCUUCAACAUCAACCCACAUUAUAUUGACGCUGACCCUGCCGGCACUCACAUGGGGGAGACGAGGGAGGAGAGGAUCACCCAGUACCACCAGGUCCCUGACACCCCCCCUGUGCUGGGCCUAAGGGAAGGGUCUUUGCUUAGGGUCCAGGGUGACACUGCGACUCUCCUCGGACUCCACCCAGCCAGGCUCUUCCAACGCGGGAAGCAGCCAGAGGAAUUUCCAGUAGGAGCCGAUUUCUCCUUCCUGCUGAAAUAACAAAAACUACUACUACUACUACUACUACUACUACUACUACUACUACUACUACUACUACUACUGUUGUUAAUAAAAGAGAGUAUUUCCCAGUA